UUCCAGAGAUAAUCGAUGGAAGCGUCCUGACUGCCACUGUUGUAGACCUCAAUGCCUGGGUCGAGUACGAGUUUCGAGUGUUGGCCAAAAACAGCGUUGGGGUUGGAGAACCCAGUCCCGUCUCAGUCAAGACGAGGACAGAGGAUGCAGUUCCAGAUGCGGCACCGGGUGACGUGGGUGGAGGAGGUGGAAGCAGAUCUGAACUGGUCAUCACAUGGGAGCCUGUUCCCGAAGAACUGCAGAAUGGCGAGAGCUUCGGUUACAUCAUUGCUUUCCGCGCCUUCGGAGAGGUUAGCUGGACUCACGUGGCCACCUCUGCCCCCGGCGCAUCUCGCUACGUGCACCACAACGACAGCAUCGCGCCCUUCUCUCCGUUCCACGUCAAGGUUGGCACUUACAACAGCAAAGGCCAGGGUCCCUUCAGCCCCGUGGUGACCAUUUACUCCGCAGAGACGGAGCCAAGUGGAACGCCGGCGGGAGUUUGGGCCAGAAGUGCCUCCGCCGCCGAGAUUGAAGUGAAUUGGCAGGCUCUCUCCUUCACCCCCGAAAGGGUGCUGGGCUACGAGGUGGUUUACUGGGAGGAUGACACCAAGCCGGAGACUAUGGGGAAGGUCAGAGUGCCAUGGAACCAAACCUCGGUCACAGUAAACAGCUUGGCAGUGAACACGCAGUAUUUUCUAACAGUCAGCGCCUUCAACACGGCGGGCACUGGCCCUUUCCUCCCUGCCAUCAACGUCACCACAAAAAAGCCACCGCCAGCCCAACCACCGCUGAAUAUUGAAUGGACCCUAAUUGGCUCUCAGCUGUCUCUUUACUGGGAGCCUGUGGUGGCGAUGGAUUCAGAAUCAGAAGUCACAGGCUAUCAACUUUCAUACUGGAGACAGAGACACAAAGAGGUAAACACGUUCACAACAGCCAAUUCAACAGCGGAGCUGACCCUCCCCGAGAGCGACAGCGACUUCAUCAUUCGAGUUCAGACGCUGAGUGAAGGAGGACUGGGUCCACCCUCGGAUCCCAUUCGAAUCCACAAACUCAGUAUGAGUGCCCGUGGCUCCAAAGCCUGGAGUGUGGACGUUUCUCUGCUCUCCAUAUUCUUCGCCGUUGCAAUAUCUACAUUCAGGUCAACAUUGUGACAUAACUUUGCUCUGAUUUCCAACAUUUGCUAUUGAUAUUUUUUCCAAGAAUUUCUGAAGAUGGCCAUGUUUCUUUCUUUCUUUUUUUCUUCUUUUU